AUGCUCCGCGUGUUCCUCCUCCGCGCCGAGAACCUGCGCUCUCCCGACUCGGACAUCAGCGACGCGUACUGCUCGGCCGCCUUCGCAGGUGUGAAGAAGAGGACAAAGGUCAUCAAGAACAACGUAAAUCCCAUAUGGAAUGAGGGAUUCGAGUGGGAUCUCAAGGGGGUUCCCCUGGAUGCCGGAGCCGAGCUCACUGUGGUGGUCAAAGACCAUGAGACCAUGGGCAGGAACAGGUUCCUGGGGGAGUGCCGGGUGCCCCUCCGGGAUGUCCUGGGCACCCCCAGCCUGGCGGCCUCGUUCAACCUCCCCCUCCUGGACACGCACCGGGAGAGCACCGGGGCUUUCCUGCUGCUGCAGGUGUCCUACCUGCCCCCCCCGGGGGCUGUCCCGCUGUUCCCCCCCCCGGCCCCUCCGGAGCCGGCCCCGGCUGCGGCCGAGCUGGACACGGUCACAGAGCCGGCUGAAGAGGAGGAGCCGGAGGAUCCGGGUGUGACGGGGGAUGAGGCGGAGCCGUCGUCGUCCUCGGGCCCCCCGGGCUCGGAGCCCCCCCCGCUGCCCCACAGACCCCCCACCCAGCCCAGCCUGCGCCGCAGGAGGAGCAGGAGCUCCCCCAAAAAACCCCUGCCCAACAAACCCCAGGACUUCCAGAUCCGGGUGCGGGUGAUCGAGGCCCGGCAGCUCCCCGGGACCAACAUCCGCCCCGUGGUGAAGGUGACGGCGGCCGGACACACCAAGAGGACGCGGAUCCGCAAGGGGAACAGCCCCUUCUUUGACGAGACCUUCUUCUUCAAUGUCUUCGAGUCGCCGGCCGAGCUGUUUGACACCCCCAUCUUCAUCACUGUGGUGGAUUCCCGGUCUUUCCGCACGGACUCGGUGAUCGGGGAGUUCCGGAUGGACGUGGAAUCCGUUUACUCCGAGCCAAAACACGCUUUCCUCAGGAAGUGGCUCCUGCUCUCCGAUCCAGAGGAUCUUUCCGCGGGGGCCAAGGGCUACCUCAAGGUCAGCGUCUUCGUGCUGGGGCCUGGAGAUGAAGCUCCUCUGGAGAAGAAGGAGGUGUCUGAGGACAAGGAGGACAUCGAGGCCAACCUGCUGCGCCCCACGGGGGUCGCCCUGCGGGGGGCCCAGUUCUGCCUCAGGAUCUUCAAAGCCGAGGAUUUGCCCCAAAUGGAUGACGCCGUCGUGGACAACGUCCGGCAGAUCUUCGGCUUCGAGAGCAACAGGAAGAACCUGGUGGAUCCCUUCGUGGAAGUCAGCUUUGCCGGCAGGACGCUCUACUCGAGGAUCUUGGAGAAGAACGCCAACCCCCAGUGGAACCAGUGCCUGACUGUGCCGGCCAUGUUCCCGUCCAUGUGUGAGCGAAUGAGGAUCCGUGUGACCGACUGGGACCGCCUGAGCCACAACGACGUCAUCGGCACCGCCUUCCUGGCCAUGUCCAAGAUCUCGGCCCCCGGCGGGGAGCUGGAGGAUGAGUUUCCUGCUCCCUCGAAGCCCCUGAAGGCCUCAGACCUGGAUGACGGGCUCGGAUUCCUGCCGACCUUCGGCCCCUGCUACAUCAACCUGUACGGGAGCCCCCGGGAAUUCACGGGAUUCCCCGAUCCCUACGAGAGCCUCAAUCUGGGAAAGGGAGAGGGAGUUGCCUACCGUGGCAGGAUGCUGGUGGAGCUGGAGACCAAGCUGGUGGAGCACAUGGAGCAGAAGGUGGAGGAUAUCCCUGCGGAUGACAUCCUGAGGGUGGAGAAGUUCCUGCGCCGCCGGAAAUAUUCCCUGUUCGCCGCCUUCUACUCGGCCACGAUGCUGCAGGGCGUGGACGCCGCCGUGCAGUUCGAGGUCAGCAUCGGCAACUACGGCAACAAGUUCGACAACACCUGCCUGCCCUUGGCCUCCACCACCCAGUACAGCAGGGCUGUCUUCGAUGGGUGCCAGUACUAUUACCUGCCCUGGGGGAACGUGAAGCCCGUGGUGGUGCUGUCGUCCUACUGGGAGGACAUCAGCUGCCGCACCGACGCCCAGAACCUGCUGCUGCACGCAGCCCACCGGCUGGAAGCCAACCUGGAGCAGCUCCAGCUGGCCCUGCAGUCCAAGCGCUCCCCGGCCGAGCUGGAGGCGCUGGGGAACCAACUGCUGGACGAUGUCAUUGCCGACUGCAGGUACUGCGGCCACCUCGGAGCCAGCCCUCCCCAGAACAGCCUGCCAGACAUCGUGAUCUGGAUGCUGCAGGGGGACAGGCGCGUGGCCUACGCCCGUGUGCCGGCACACCGGGUGCUCUUCUCCAGGAACAUCCCCCAGUGCUGCGGCGCCGACUGCGGCAAGCUGCAGACCAUCUUCCUCAAGUACCCGCAGGAGGAGGCUCCGGGGCCGCGGAUCCCGGCGCAGAUCCGGGUGCGGCUCUGGCUCGGCCUGGCCGCGGACGAGAAGGAAUUCAACCGCUACGCCGAGGGGAAGCUCUCCGUGUUCGCCGAGACCUACGAGAACCAGACGAAGCUGGCGCUGGUGGGGAACUGGGGCACCACCGGCCUCACCUACCCCAAGUACUCGGACGUGACGGGCAGGAUGAAGCUGCCCAAGGAAAGCUUCCGCCCCUCGGCCGGCUGGGCCUGGGCCGGGGACUGGUUCGUCUGCCCCGAGAGGACGUUGCUCCAUGAUGUGGAUGCAGGACACCUGAGCUUCGUGGAGGAGGUGUUUGAGAACCAGGUCCGGCUCCCUGGGGGGCAGUGGAUCCACAUGACCGACGCCUACACCGAUGUGAACGGGGAGAAGGUCCUGCCCAAGGAUGAGAUUGAGUGUCCUCCAGGCUGGAAAUGGGAAGACCUGGAGUGGGACACGGAUCUCAACAGAGCUGUGGAUGAGAAAGGCUGGGAAUACGGGCUGACCAUCCCCCCGGAGCGCAAGCCCAAGGCCUGGGUGCCGGCGGAGAAGAUGUACCACACCAACCGGCGCCGGCGCUGGGUGCGGCUCCGCCGGCGCGACCUGGAGCACAUGGACACCUCCAGGAAGCACAAGCAGGAGGAGCUGGAUGGGGAGGGCUGGGAAUACGCGUCGCUCUUCGGCUGGCGCUUCCACCUGAAGCAGCGCCGGACCGACUCGUUCCGCCGGCGCCGCUGGAGGCGCAGGAUGGAGCCCCUGGAACGCACCGGAGCCGCCGCCGUCUUCGCCCUGGAGGGGGCUCUGGGAGGGGUGACGGACGACAGGAGUGAAGAUGGGAAAGGCGUGUCCACGCUGAGCUUUGGAGUGAACAGACCCACCAUCUCCUGCAUCUUCGACUGUGGGAACAGGUACCACUUGCGCUGUUACCUGUACCAGGCGCGGGAUCUCCUGGCCAUGGACAAGGACAGUUUCUCAGAUCCCUACGCCAUCGUGUCCUUCCUGCACCAAAGCCAGAAGACCGUGGUGGUGAAGAACACCCUGAACCCCACGUGGGACCAGACCCUGAUCUUCUACGAGAUCGAGAUCUUCGGGGACCCCCAGGGCGUGGCCGAGGCCCCCCCCAGCAUCGUGGUGGAGAUCUACGACCACGACACCUACGGAGCAGAUGAGUUCAUGGGCCGCUGCAUCUGCCGGCCCAGCCUGGAGCGCUCGCCCCGGCUGUGCUGGCACCCCGUCACCAAGGCAGGCAGGAACGUGGGGGAGCUCCUGGCGGCCUUCGAGCUCAUCCAGAGGGAGAAGCCGGCUGUCCAUCACAUCCCUGGCUUCGAGAGUGAUUUGUCCUCCAGCCUGGACGAGUCGGCCGAUUCUGACCUCCCCUACCCGCCCCCCCAGCGGGAGCCCAACAUUUACAUGGUGCCCCAGGGCAUCAAACCUGUCCUGCAGCGCACGGCGAUUGAGAUCCUGGCCUGGGGGCUGAGGAACCUCAAGAGCUUCCAGCUGGCCAGCGUGACGUCCCCCAGCCUGCUGGUGGAGUGCGGGGGGCAGCUCGUGCAGUCCUGCGUCAUCAAGAACGUCAAGAAGAACCCCAACUUCGACGUCUCCGUGCUCUACAUGGAAGUG